AUGGAGAACCAAACCUUCAAUGCUGAUAUUAUAUCCAUUGAGGGAUUAAAGGUCAGCCCCCAGUCAACCGUACCCGCCUUAGUCCUCCUCCUCCUCAUAUACAUCUUCAUCAUGGUGUCCAACAUCGGCCUGGUAGUCCUGAUCACCAUGGAGAGGAGCCUCCACGGGCCCAUGUAUCUGCUCCUCUGCAACAUGAACAUUAACGAUAUUUUUGGGGCCACGGCCGUCAUUCCUCGCCUGCUCAGUAAUGUUUUUACUCCAAUCACAGAACGCUACAUUCAUUACAUAGACUGUGUUGUUCAGGCUUUUUCGUCUCACUUUCAUGCAGGCACCUCUCACACGGUGCUCAUGAUUGGCCUCACUAUCCGCUUGACGCGCUGCAGGCGGUUUAUAAUCAACCCGUUCUGUGACAACGCCUCCUUGUUCAAGCUGUCCUGUCAGAACCUUCUCAUCAACCACAUCUACGGCCUCGGCAGCGCUGUGGUCAUCCUGGGAUCCUCCCUCGGCAGCGUAACGCUCACCUACCUGCGGAUCGCCAUAGUGUGUUUGAGCAGUAAGAACAAGGUGCUGAACAGCCGGGCGCUGCAGACCUGUGCCACCCACCUGGCUGUUUACCUCAUCAUGUUGGUUUCAUCCUUCACCCCCAUGAUCAUGCACCGCCAGCCUAAGUGGGCGGACAAUGGGAAAGUGGCGUCCGUCAUGUUUCACGUCGUUCCUCCGGCUCUGAACCCCAUUAUCUACGGACUGCAGUGUAAAGAGCUCAGACAGAGGAUUGUCGGUGUGUUUCACAAGAAUAAAGUCAUGGACGGGAAGAGGGGACCAACUUUUCACAAAUGA